AUGCCACGAAAUUACACCAAGAAAAAUGUGAGGGCCAUGUGGUCGGCAGAAGAUCUGAUAAAUGCAAUCUCGGAUGUUAGAUGUGGUCGUGGUUCAAUAAGGCAAAUAAGUCGGACAUAUGCUGUUCCUGUUAGGACCUUAAUGAGGAGGAUCCAAUCAGGAAACGCAAACAAGGUCAAGUUAGGGCGUAAGAGUUAUCUAAGUCCAGAACAUGAACGAAGCUUGGUAGAUUAUAUCAAAAAAAUGGAGAAGAUGGGUUUUGCGUUAACACCUGUAGACGUAAAAAAGAUUGCGUACUCUUUUGCCAUCUGUAAUAACAUAGAAAAUAAUUUUAAUCCGGAGAAAAAAGAAGCUGGCCAUGACUGGUUCUGCUCUUUUAUGAAGAGACAUCCAAAUUUAUCCAUUCGAAAAGCUCAGGGAAUGUCAACGGCUCGAGUUCAAGGUAUGAACAAAGAAGAAUGCGAUCAUUACUUUGACCUGCUCGGGAACCUUUUAACAGAAAAUAACCUAAUAUCCGCUCCCAGAAAAAUUUUCAAUGUAGAUGAAACUGGGGUUCAGCUAAAUAACAACCCAGGAAAGGUAAUUGCUACCAGAGGUUCCAAAAUGGUAAAUUGUGUAACAAGUGCAGAGAAAGGUGAGACUGUGUCAGUUAUAGCCUGCGUGAAUGCAGAAGGUCAUUUCCUUCCACCCUACUGCAUUAUGAAGGGAAAAAACAAGAAAAAAGAAUUUGAAGACGGAUUGCCACCAGGUGGUACAGUUGUAAUGAGUGAAAAAUCGGCGUAUGUAACUACGGAUAUUUUCAAAGCAUGGCUUCUUCAUCUCUUUAUUCCACGUAAAGAACAAGGCAAAGUACUCCUCGUCCUUGACGGUCAUUCCUCUCAUUGCUCUGAUGUGAAAAUACUAGACCUGGCAACAGCCAAUGACAUAAUUCUGUUGUGCCUACCUAGCCACACUACUCAUUGGCUGCAGCCAUUAGAUAGAUCAUUCUUCAAGCCUCUUAAGGUUUAUUGGAAUGAAGCAUGUAAGAAAUGGGUACAAAACAAUCCCGGUCGCAAACUCUCCAGAUUGCAGUUUCCUCAAUACUGCAUGGUGUAA